CAAAAUGGAGGAGUACGCGAGGGAGCCAUGUCCCUGGAGGAUAGUGGACGACUGUGGGGGCGCCUUCACCAUGGGGGCCAUCGGUGGAGGGAUCUUUCAGGCAGUUAAAGGCUUUAGAAACUCUCCUUCUGGAAUGAAUCACAGAAUGAAGGGUAGCUUGACAGCCAUAAGAACCAGAGCUCCACAACUAGGAGGAAGCUUUGCUGUAUGGGGUGGCCUGUUCUCCAUGAUUGAUUGUGGGCUGGUGAAAGUGAGAGGCAAAGAAGACCCUUGGAACUCAAUCACAAGUGGAGCCAUGACAGGAGCCAUUUUAGCAGCAAGAAAUGGACCAGUGGCCAUGGUUGGCUCUGCUGCAAUGGGAGGAAUACUGCUCGCAUUAAUAGAAGGUGCUGGAAUUUUGCUCACAAGGUUUGCUUCAGCGCAAUUCCCAACUGGCCCACAGUUUGCAGAAGAACCUGCUCCAAUGCCCACUUCUUCAUUUGGAGACUAUAGACAGUACCAAUGAGAAGUCCUUCAAAACUCAAGGCCUUUUCUUAUUCCAUGAACUCAUCUGAGACACUGAAGUUACAGUGUGGACCCCAUUCAUCAACAGAGCAUGACUGUGACAAAGGGACUACCAAGGCCAAACACUAUUGUUCCUGUCAUUGCGUUUAUCUGCAGUAUGCCUUUGGCUGUUCUCAGCUUUCUCAUUGGCCUCUGGGUCAUCCUAUUUAAGUCGGAAAGGAAAUCGGACUCAUCCACGUGUUUUUGUUUUCUUUGACCUCAUUUUGUCGCUGACACAACUUAAAAGUGUUUGAUGAUGCAAUGGGUAUACAGUUAAUAUCUUGUUCUUUGAGUUGAGCCCCAAUCAAUUGGCUGUAUAAAGUGUAUGUUUGCUGCGUGUGCGAAUGAUUUAAUACCAUUUUUGUGUGUGUAUGUAUGCAAAAGAGUUUAAUACCCGCCUAUGAACAUUGUUCUCUUUAAUGUAAACAUUCUUAUGGGCUUUAGCAAGAUCAUAUAUACAUAGUGGAGAUUUUUAUUGACUGCUCCAUGCCAAACCAUCCCUCUCAGAGUAUAUUCCUCAGUUUACUUCCUGAAGUAGCUAUUUAUUUUGUAGAAGUCCAGCUUUCUCAUUUUGAGAUGUUAUGCUGUAUUUUACUUUAAGUAUGACUCUACGGUGAAAUGUUAGGAUUUUUUUGUUCAAUAAGAGAGCAUCUGGGAAUAAGGUUGAUGAAUGGACAGAAUUAGUUGUCUCUUCUGAUGGUUAAUGAGCCAAAUUAGGCUGAGAAACAUCAUAAAUAAACUAGCUAUUACUAUUGUGUCA